AUGGUGCGGCCCAUCACGCUCUUCGUGCGUGGCUCCGCCGGCGUGCCAGUGGUGGUGAUGGACGGUGAUGACACCAUUCUGGACGUGCUGCGUGAGAUUCUGCUGCGUAUGGCCCGGAAGUCCCGUUGGGCCGGCUCCGCAUGGCCUGCCCAUCGAGAGGCCGCCUUCUACGUGACGCACAACGGACGGCCUCUCGAUCUUGACGGGUUGGUCGGGGAUAUCCUGCCGCACGAGGCGACGGUGGAGGAUCGCUUUGUGCAUCCGAUUGGCACUGUCGCGGCGGAGCUAGAGUCGGCGGCGGCGGCGACGGCGGUGACCGCCGCGGCGGCGGCAGCCGCGUCGGAUGCGGCAGCGGCGGCCGCCGCGCGAUUCGCCACGGUGGGGCCAUCACCGGCGGCGAGAAACGCGGCCGUCCGCGUGGCGGAGGCUUCUUCGCAGGCGGCGGAGCUGGCGGCGGCGCUGGCGGCGCAGUCCGAGGCCGAUGCGUCCGACGCGGCAAAGGCUGCGGAGAAGCCCAGGCCCGAGCUGCUGCUGGUGUGCGCCGGCAAGAGUGAGCUCAGGACGCUGCUCUACUUGUUGGGCCCGAUGCUGCGCUUCGUCGAGUGCAGGCAAACCGUCGGGCUGCUACUCGAGUGCACCGUCAAGGUUGUUGAAGGCCGGGUAUUGCACGGUCCUUUCGCCGAUGCACUCAAGGUGAAGGACUUGCGUAAUACCUUUCCGUCAACAACCUUGAAGGAGCGUGCCCUGGCUACCCCGAAGCCGUGGGGGGCUUACCGAGCCGAGGCGCCCUUGCUUCCGUCGGAGCCCUUCUCGCACGCGCACCACACCGUCGAGGGAUGGCUGGGCGCCGUGCCGCGCUCGCUCAAGCUAGACGCGCUACGCUCGCUCCCGCCCUUCCGGCUGCUCGAGCAACCGGACACACGGGUGGCGCAUGUGCUUGCCUACCUAGACCCCAGGAGCCUCGGAUCGCUCGCAAGUGUCUGUCGCGCCCUCGGCGUUGUUCAUGUGCACGAGGCGGCGGCAGUGCACGCGGCGCGGCAGGCGGCGCCCAGGGAGCUGGUCGAGCGGAGUUCGCCGGUGUCUCCGGCGGAGGGUGGGUCGAUCCGUGGAGGGUGGGUUGGCUUGAGGGCGCUCUGGGAGUGGGAGGUGCAGAAGGAGGUCGACACACUACUCGUCGACAUCGAGGAGGAUUUUCGAUCGGGCGAGAGCGAGGUCGAGGACGAGGACGAGGAGGGGGGGGGAGAGGACGAGGAGGACGAGGAGGACGAGGAGGACGACGACGAGGACGACGACGAGGACGACGAGGACGACGAGGACGAGGACGAGGCGCAGGACGAGGACGAGGACGAGGUGGACGAGGAGGGCAGCGCUAGUGACGAGGAACUCGAUGGGGAGACAUCCGAGGAGGAGCAGGAGGGCGAGGAAUACGUUUUCUGA